CGACCCAUUUCCCCUCUGACCGAAGCGGCGCUGUCCCUGACCGAGCUGCGGGAGAGAGGGUUCAAAGAUGGGCAGUAAGAAGGAACAGAGUCCAGAACCACACAUGCCUGAGGAAAGGGAAAGGGGUAAGCCUUGGAGAGUGGAUGACUCGGAACGUCCUUGUGUCCCACCUGGGGAGAAGGAGCAUGGGCAGGAGAGCCUAUCUGAAGGACCACAAGAAACCUCUCCAGAAAAGCCAUGGCAGAAAAUCACUGCCCCAGCUCGAGAGCCAGGGAACCUCAUUAUUCAUCCAAGGCCCGAGGCAGAGGAGAAGCCCUUUAUAUGUGCCCAGUGUGGCAAAACCUUCAAUAAUACCUCCAACCUGAGAACACACCAGCGGAUCCACACUGGUGAGAAGCCAUACAAGUGUUCGGAAUGUGGCAAGAGCUUCUCUAGAAGCUCCAACCGCAUCCGGCACGAGCGGAUCCACCUGGAAGAGAAGCACUACAAAUGCCCCAAGUGUCAGGAAAGCUUCCGCCGGCGCUCAGACCUCACUAUACACCAGCAGGAUCACCUGGGCAAGCGGCCAUACCGCUGUGACAUCUGCGGCAAGAGCUUCACCCAGAGCGCCACACUAGCUGUGCAUCACCGGACCCACCUAGAGCCAGCUCCCUACAUCUGCUGUGAGUGCGGGAAGAGCUUCAGCAAUAGCUCCAGCUUUGGCGUGCACCACCGUACUCACACAGGCGAGAGGCCUUAUGAGUGCACUGAGUGUGGGCGGACCUUCAGUGAUAUCUCCAACUUUGGAGCACACCAGAGGACUCACAGAGGGGAGAAGCCCUACAGGUGCACUUUAUGUGGGAAACACUUCUCCCGGAGCUCAAAUCUCAUCCGCCACCAGAAAACACACUUGGGUGAGCAGAUUGAAAAAGAUUGUAGCUGAAGGACAAGCCCCACGUAGAGUGAGGGAGAGAAAGGAGACCCCAACCUAGUGGAGGAAGAAAUCUUUGGAUCUGCUGCUGCUACCUUGAUCUCAAGCUCUGUAUCCUUUGGAGGGAGAAUGGUUUCCUAUUGCCUCUGAAGGAUCUGCAGGAAGGGACUCUGAGUCCCUAAGAAGGGACUCUGAGUAAAAAUCCUUGCCUCUUUCCAGGUCAAUUUCUUAUCUGGAGAAAUCAGAGUACCCAAUUUUGGCUUCACCUUGGGGUGAAAGAGAAAUGCAGUAGGCUUAGAAUGCUCAUGUUAUUAGGGCAGCAGUGUCCUGGCCUUUGAAGAAGUACCUGUGAGAUGGGUGUCACUAUCUAAAGUCAUCCAAAUUGUUUAUGAACUGCUUAGGGCAGUUCAUAGUGGCCAGCUAGUUCCCAUCUGCUGUGUCCCAGCUUUGUUUCUAGAUCUCUAGCCUGGAAGGGAGUUGCCUUCCCUAUGGAAGGGGCCUCCUUGGUCUGGAGAAGAGAUCUGAGGAACUGCCUUAGGAAUGAAAGGGAAGCUCUCAAGGAGCCAUGAUCCAGGGACCUGUACACUCCCCCACAUUAGUUACUUUUUAUUCCCUCAACCUGCCUCUGUUCCCCCUGAGUGAUUAGCAGUAAAAACUUCUAUGAAAA